GAGAAAGAGGGUGCCUAGUACUGCGAGAACUCUGAAAGUCUCCACACCCACCACUCGCUUUCUCUCUCAUCACUUUCCCCUUUUUUUACCGCCUCUCUUCCUCUCCCUCUCCCUCUCGCUCUCUCUCUCUAGCACCCCAUGCUUCUGCUUCUCCCCCAGCAAUCGCGAGGAGGCGGCUAGAAGAGGAGGAAGGAGGAGGGUAGAUCAGCGCCAGCUUUCGCCUUCUUCUUCCACGGGGCAGGGGGAGGUGUCUGAGAUUCGUGUGUUUGGUUGUGUGCUUUCUUCUCUGAUUUGCUUCGCCAUGGGGGCUGCGGAGAUCUCUGGGCCGAUUCGGUCGCUGCUGGCGUGGUGAGAUGGUUUGCCGCAUCGCCAGCUGCUGCGAGGUCAAGUUCUUUCGAUCCGACAAGCCCAGAUGAACGGCACGCCGAUCUCCGCGCCCGCCGCCGGCGGCGCCGAAGGGGUCGGUGCGACCAAGAAGAAUGCGGCGGCGGCGGCCGCCGUCGCCGAGAUGGCGAAAACCCUCACCGUCGAGACGGACGACGCCUUCGCGGGGCUCCUGGAGCUCGCCGCGGACGACGACGCGGAGGGGCUUCGCCGCGCGCUGGAGCGGGCCCCGCCUGCCGCCGCGGACGAGGCCGGCCUCUGGUAUGGCCGCCGCAAGGUCCUCGAGCACCGCACGCCGCUGAUGGUGGCGGCCACCUACGGCAGCCUCGCGGCGCUCCGCCUGCUGCUGUCCCUCCCGUCCGUCGACGUCAACCGCCGCUGUGGCUCCGACGGAACCACCGCCCUCCACUGUGCGGCCUCUGGUGGCUCGCCGUCUUCCGUGGAGGCCGUGAAGCUGCUGCUUGCGGCUGGAGCUGAUGCUGGUGCCACGGAUGCCUCUGGAUGCCGUCCGGCUGAUGUGAUCUCAGUUCCUCCAAAGAUGUUUGACGCCAAGAUUGCUCUCCAAGAUCUUCUUGGAUGCCCCAAGACUGGGCAUGGCGUUCUCCGGGUGGUGACAAGGGCUGCAAACCCUAUGCUGUCACCCGUAUCAUCUCCUACUGCUGAAGACGCACGAUCUCCAUCUGCUGCUGUGAUGAUGACGACAAAGUUUGCAGAUCUUCCAAGGGUUGUGACAUCGGAAAAGAAAGAAUAUCCAGUGGAUCCAUCGCUUCCUGAUAUCAAGAAUAGCAUCUAUGCUUCUGAUGAAUUCCGCAUGUACUCAUUUAAGAUCAGGCCAUGCUCGCGGGCUUACUCACAUGAUUGGACCGAGUGCCCGUUUGUUCACCCAGGGGAGAACGCACGGCGUCGGGACCCUCGCAAGUAUCACUACAGCUGUGUGCCAUGCCCCGACUUUAGAAAGGGAGUUUGCCGGCGUGGUGACAUGUGUGAAUAUGCUCAUGGUGUUUUCGAGUGUUGGCUCCAUCCAGCACAGUACCGCACUCGCCUUUGCAAGGAUGGCACAAGCUGUAAUCGCCGUGUCUGUUUCUUUGCACAUACAACUGAUGAGCUUCGACCGCUAUAUGUUUCCACUGGGUCUGCAGUACCAUCCCCAAGAGCCUCUGCAACAGCUGCAAUGGAGAUGGCCGCUGCAAUGGGCCUGAUGCCUGGUUCUCCAUCAUCAGUUUCGGCGGUGAUGUCCCCAUUUACACCACCAAUGUCCCCUUCAGGCAAUGGGAUGCCCCCAUCACUGGGCUGGCAGCAGCCAAAUGUUCCGACACUACAUCUUCCAGGCAGCAGCCUUCAGUCGAGCCGGCUCCGUACCUCCCUUAGUGCAAGGGAUAUGCCUGCUGAUGAUUACUCCCUGAUGCAGGAUAUUGAUUCACAGCUUAUAAAUGAUUUGUGUUAUUCACGUCUUGGUUCAUCAACAGGAAACCACACUUCUCGGACCAAAUCCCUAAAUCCGUCAAACCUGGAUGAUCUCUUCUCUGCUGAGAUGGUCUCUUCCCCAAGGUAUAGUAAUGCUGAUCAGGGUGCUAUGUUUUCGCCAUCUCACAAGGCUGCUAUCCUUAAUCAAUUCCAGCAACAGCAGCAGGCACUUCUUUCACCAAUCAACACGGUCUUCUCCCCAAAGGCUGUGGACAACCAGCAAUUGCCUUCACACUCAUCUCUGUUGCAAGCAUCACUUGGGUUAUCUUCCCCUGGCCGUAUGUCUCCUCGAUGUGUCGAAUCUGGGUCCCCAAUGAACUCUCACCUUGCUGCUGCUCUUGCACAACGUGAAAAGCAGCAACAGACAAUGAGGAGUCUCAGUUCUCGUGAUCUUGGACCAAGUGCUGCAAGAGCAUCAGGUAUUGUUGGCUCCCCUCUAAGCUCAUCAUGGUCAAAGUGGGGAUCACCGUCAGGGACACCAGACUGGGGUGUUAAUGGUGAAGAAUUGGGCAAGCUCCGACGAUCAUCAUCGUUUGAACUGAGAUCUGGUGGUGAUGAUCCUGAUCUUUCUUGGGUGCACACAUUGGUUAAGGAAUCUCCACCCGAGAAGCAAGUUACGACUGCUGAAUCCAUUAACUCUGUUGGACCUUCACCACUGAUGCCUCCUAGUGUAAGCAACGGUGAAGUUUCUAGUCUGAACACACAGCUGGAUGGACAUGACCAAGCUGCUGUGCUUGGAGCAUUGCUUGAACAGAUGCAGCUUGAUCAGCAUAUUGGUAGUCUAGCAACAUAGGCGCUGAAUGAGCCUGGGAAGUGCAAGGAGGUUAUUAUUCUUAGUUAAUGAAUUUGGAGUAAUUUUUUCCUGUUCAUUAAGAUGGUCAACAAGCAAAAGGAUGGAUAGCUGAUGGUGGUGAUUCAGAGAUUGGUUUUCUUUACUUUUGAGGUAAAUCAUAUACAUUAUUGAGGUCCCAGUAGGUUGAAGAUUGAAGUACCUCGAUUGGGGUCGUUUCAAGACCGACCCAGGUAGAAUCGCACCCCGGCAGCUUCAGUUCAUCAGUCAAAAUAUUUCCUUGUUUUGUUAAUUAACCCCCGUUAAAAAGAAGACUUGUUUGCUGUCUCAGAAUUCUUUUCUUUACUUAGUGGUGUUUAUUUUGUUUAUUAUGAUAUUGAUACUUGAUGUACUGAUGGGUAUAAGGUUGGUUUACCAGGCAUGCUAUAGUAGUAUAUCAAGUCCCAAAGUAUUCUUUUUCUCUCUUCACCAUUUGUCGAGGAUCAUACUAUGGCCUUGUUUUGGUCUGAUCUUGAGGCCUGUAUAAUCCUUGGAUUUGUAAUAAUGUAAUAUUGUCAUUGAACUUACAUUGCUAUUGUUUUGCAAUCACAAAUCUCGCUCACCGGAAUUAUUUCC